CCCCGGAUGUGACGUCCCUCGCCUUGUCCCGCCCCCCUGGCUGUCACUUCUCUCGUUGCUCUGUGUGAUUCAGCCGUGGACCAUUUAAAUAAAAAUGAAGCAAAAAUAACAGUGAAACUCCAGAAGAGAGCGUUCACGGUUUUUCAGGCGGUGAAGAUGCCCCCGCUGCUCGUCCGCCGACGGCCUGACAACGUUCAACUCUGCGGCUUUUACCGUCGUCAGCACGAAGGGCAGUGAAGAGCGGGUGCAGGUUUGGAGCAGGCUAACGUUACGCAGCUGUAACUGGAACCAAAGCUAAUCCGUGCGUGUCUGUGUGUGUGUGUGUGUGGAGGGGGGACUCACACGACAUAUGAUAUAACGGAGACAAAAACACGGUUUUCUGUGGAAUAACCUCACAUUAAAAUGAAGAGCUUGGACAAAGAGGAAGCGGACCGGCUGAUAGAGAAGGCGAAGCUGUGUUUACGGUCCGGGCGGACAGACCGGGCACUGCAGCUGCUCUACGAAGCCCAGAAUAUUUACCCCAGCACCAGGGCCAGAGUGCUGAUCGAUGCCAUACUACAGAACGAGGACACCGCUGCGGCCGAGGCCAACCACGUGCCCCCGCCUUCAGGCUGGAGAGACGAGGACGUCAGGAACGGUGACGCCAGCGGCGACGAGAAGAAGAGCUUCACGGAGGAGCAGCGGCAGGGUGUUCUCAGGAUAAAGAAUUGUAAGGACUUCUAUGAAAUCCUGGGCGUUCCCAAAAACAGCAGUGACGAGGAUUUGAAGAAGGCGUACAGGAAGUUGGCGCUCAAGUUCCAUCCUGACAAGAACUUUGCUCCGGGAGCCACGGACGCUUUUAAAGCCAUAGGGAACGCCUACGCCGUGCUGAGUAACCCCGAGAAGAGGCAGCAGUACGAUCAGUACGGAGACCAGGCCGCAGCUGCGGCCGCACCGCAGUCGGCCAAUCACAGACGAGCAGGUCACUACAGGAGCUUCCACCGAGACUUCGAGGCCGACAUCUCGCCCGAGGAGCUCUUCAAUAUUUUCUUUGGCGGCAGAUUCCCCACAGGAAACAUCCACGUGUACACCAACCAGGGCGCCGCCUACUCUCAGUUCUACCAGCCCCGACGGCGUCGCGCUUAUGAGAGACGUGAGGAGGCGGCGGCGGCGGAGGAGAACCCGAGUCAGAACACCUUCACGGCUCUGCUGCAGCUCCUGCCGGUCCUGGUCCUGAUCCUGAUCUCAGUGUUCACCCAGAUGAUGGCCACCACGCCGCCCUACAGUCUGUUCUACAAACCGUCCAUGGGCCUGGUGGUGUCCAGGGAGACGCAGCACAUGGGAGUACCGUACUACGUGGACAAAGGUUUUGAGAAGGAGUACCGAGGAGCUGCGCUGGACGAACUGGAGAAAACCAUCGAGAGCGACUACGUGGAGCACCUGCAGAGCAGCUGCUGGAAGGAGAAGCAGCAGAAAUCCGACCUGGCCAACCUGGGUCAGCUGUACCGAGACGAACGACUAAAGCAGAAGGCGGAGUCCAUGAAUCUGGUCCACUGUGAGAAACUGCACCGACUGGUGGGCCGUCAGAGAGGUGUCUGAGAGCGGUACUGCAGUACCGGCCCAGUGUGUACGCGGGACUGAUCUGGACACGUUGUUUUUUUUUUUUUGAAGGAAUCAUUUUUCAGUCGACUCAGUGGAGACCACGUGCCUUCUCUGCUGUGAGACGGUACCGAGUAGAGACCGGGGUCGGUUCUGACGGUAGCAGGAGGAAAAAAGGAACUUUCUCACAGCCACGACGGUAGAACCAGGGUCAGAACUUCUCCACAAACACUCCUGCUCUUGGUUCCAGGUUCUGUUGCGGUUCUGUGUAUUUUCUUAACUUAAAAAAAACAAACUCUUAAUUUGUUCAGCGGCUCAUUGAGUGAACGUGAACGUGAACGUGAGUGUGGGCGGAGCUGUGGAGUGAAAACCGUGACUGAAGAGACGGACGGACGACUGGGGCAAAAGUUUUAGGCAGGUGAGUGGCGUUGGUGACCCGGUCCGUCUGCCUAAAACUUUUGCAAGUAUUUGAAGUCCUAGACCAGUGAAGAAGGUCAAAGGUCAUAUUUGAGUGUGUGUGUGUGUGUAGAGCUGAGUCACACCUUCAUCUACAGCAGCUUCUGCUUCAAAACCUGUUUGUUUGUUUGUUUGUUUGUUUUCUUUUAGAAUUCUCCACAGUAUUAAGAACUCUUCUUUGACACUUUACAGUUUCUUCAGAGCUCAGAACUGUUUGCCAAAGGUGGAGACUGUUCACCUGCUGCUGGUAAAGUUCCACUGUUCAAACACUGAGAGGGUUUUUUUUUUCUCAUGUUGUAAAUUGUUUCUGCCGUUUUUAGGAGUCGUACCUGCAACCCUAACAGCAGACGUGUGGCUUUUGUUUAGUUCCCACAUAAUCUGGUGUUUUCUCUGCUGGUUGUGGUGCAACUUCAUAUGCGUUUAAGUAGAAUUAAAAAACAAAAACAAAAAAAACAUCAAAAAGCAAAUAAAAGAGGAAAUUUGACUUUUUGACAACGUGUCACGAUGAUGAUGCUGAUGACGUCAGAGUUCUUCAGUCAAUACUCCGGCUGUCACACUGUUGAAAAAAAAAAAACAACCAAAACAAUAAUUUUAGGUUCUCUCAUGUCUUUUUAGUUCCUGUCUUCUCCACCAGAGGUCUCCAAAUACACUGUUGCGCCAACGACAGUUUUUCAGGUUAUUUUGAGGCUGAGGCUUGAUUUUGUUAGAGUUCCUUCACGUCUCACCUGUUCAGUCACGUGAUGAAGACUCAGUGGCACUGCAUGAUUUAACCCUUUCACUGAAGUACACACACACACACACCUCACAUUAAUCUCACAUUAAACAGAACGAAGACACUCAGAGUCCCGUCGUAUUUUUUCAUUCGAGACGUUCAAUGAAAACAGAAAUAUUGACAUCGUGGUCGUUGUUCUACAAGCAGAGAAAUAAAUGUAGUGGUUCUGGUUUAGUUUUUAAAAAAACAAAACAAAACA